AUGGACGACCUGAAUGCUUGCGUUGGUGAGGAACAGAUACUUGAUAACAAUCUCGUACGUAAUACUCAAUUUUUAAGGCAAGAUAGGCAAUCAAAGGAUAAAAUCUUGAAUACUCAGGGCAAAUGUUUACUUGAACUUAUUCAAAAUAUCGGAGUUUUUGUUCUAUUCUCCAAAGGGGCUUUAGCUAUGCCCACAAGUAUGGAAGCCAAAAUGGAGGUUAAACCCAUGGUUAAUAUGGAAGACAAAUCUUCAACAAAACAAGAAAAUGGAAACAAGGAAGUAGAAGUUAGGAAACCAGCAAUGGCUAUGGCCAUGAAUUUAGCAGUGAAGAAACCAGAAAUGGCUAUGAUCAAGGAAGAUGAAGUGAAGAAACCCGAAAUGACAAUAACAAUCGGUACUGAAAAUGUUCCUAUUGCCAAAAGUAAAACUGCAGAAAUUCCGAAAACUUAUGACGAAAAGAUCGCCGAAGAAAUCGUCAAAGAGAAUACUUCUACAGAAGCUACUAUCUUAGCUGGAACAUUUAUGCUUCCUGUAAUUGCUCCUCUGGAACCAACACCCAUGGAUAAGGAAAUAAAACAGGAUAAUGAUGGGAAACCCCAUGAUCCUUGGCAUGAUUUUGAUGACAAAUUUCUAUUGUUCGAACAUCGUUAUCCAGAAUUGACAAAAGAAGAUUUCCAAGAGAUCAAUAGGGAGGAUGCCAUGCCAUUGAACUUUUUAAAAGGAUUUACUAUGGCCAAUGAAAAGGUAAGAGUAACUUCAUCAAGCUCUCAGCACAUAGCCAUAACUCCUGAUACUAUACCAGAAACCCCAAUUUAUAUUACCAUACCCAUUGUCAUCAAUUCUCAUUCCAAUUUGCCCAUUUCAUUGUCCAUAGGAGGCACCGAAGUUCCUUUGAGUUUGAGUCCCAAGGAAAAGGAUUCAGUAGCAAGCAUUGACAAAAUGGACAAGCCUUUGGCCUAUAUUUCACCUCCACAGCGACCAACCAAUCGUCAUCGUAACAACUUCAAAGCCAGAAUAUAUGCCCGCAGUAGACCCCUAGCAGAUUUGCACUUAAGUUAG